ACAUGUGCUUUCUUUGACGGAAAUUAGACCAAGAUUGUCAUUGUUACAUAUGAUACAGUCAACUCAUUCAACCAUGGUGGAAUUAUAUUUCUUCCUCUAUAGUCUAGUGGUUAAGAAAACAUAGUGUUACAUAGUUAGUAAGUAAGAAAGAAUGAACACAUUAUUAUUACCCAAAAGAUCGGUUUUGCUUUUGUUUUCCAUCCUCUUAUUCAUAAUUGUCGUUACCAUUAGUAAUGCAGAAGAUGAAGAGGCAAAUUACAUGUCCGACCUUUUGUUUUGAAAUCACUAACCUCAACUCCCUCUAACUGGUCUAACAAAACUCACUACUGCAAAUGGAAUGGCAUCAAAUCUCAGUCAGUGCCCUCUCUAAUCUUACUCACAUUGAUCUCCACAACAAUUCACUCACUAGUCCUUUGCCUUGUUUGUCAAAUUCCGUCAUGCUUGAAACCUUGUACCUUGGUCACAAUAACUUCACCUCCAUGCUAGACUUUUGCUUUGUAUGGACAAAUAGUCUUAGAACCUUCAACCUUAGCAAUAACUUGAAUCUUGUCCCAUGGGUAAUUCCAUUGGGUUUAAUUGAUUCCUCGUUGUUGCACACCCUUGAUCUCGAAGCUACAAAUAUCAUAGAUUCCUUGGAAUCGGGAAUGUUUGAUUGGUAUCCGAGUUUGCAUACUGUUUUUCUCUCUAACAACAUCACCAGACCUCUUCCCCUGUCUCUUGGCCAAAUUAUUUCGCAACAAUUAGGUGGAGGACAAAAUGAAACUGCUUCUAGUCAUGGAGGGCCAUCUAAAGCAAGACUUACACCUGUUUGGAUUGUAUGGGCAUUGAUGUUAGGCGUCGGAAUUGUAAUACUUAUUGUGAUUAUUUUUAAACGCAAGAGGUAUUCUAUUUUAGUACAGAGGUGGAUCUUCAAAAAAAACAAUGAAAUCUACUGACUACAAUGCGGAGGAUUUCAUACAAAGUUAUAAUAUGUCGGUGCCAAUCAAACACUAUAGAUAUGCAGAAGUAAAAAGAAUGACAAACUCAUUUCGAGAUAAAUUAGGUCAAGGAGGAUAUGGUGUUGUGUACAAAGCAAGCUUACCUGAUGGUCGUCAAGUGGCAGUGAAAGUAAUAAAAGAGUCCAAGGGAAAUGGAGAAGAAUUUAUAAAUGAAGUUGCUAGCAUUAGUAGAACGUCACGUCACAUGUGAACAUUGUCUCACUUUUGGGUUUUUGUUAUGAGAACAAAAGAGCUCUGAUAUAUGAAUUCAUGCCCAAAGGAUCAUUGGAUAAGUUCAUCCAUAUAAGUGGAUCUCCUGAUGCUAUUUGUGAUUUGGAUUGGAACACAAUGUACCAAAUUGCUACAGGCAUUGCUCCUGAUGUAUUUCAAGGAUUUUGCAUCUUGAUGUCAAACCCCAAAACAUUCUUUUGGAUUAAGAUUUUUGCCCAAAAAUCUCAGAUUUUGGACUAGCUCAAAUAUGUCAAAGGAAGGAUAGCAUUGUAUCCAUACUUGGUACAAGAGGAACUAUAGGAUACAUAGCACCGGAAGUAUUUAGUCGAACAUUUGGUGGAGUUUCUCAUAAGUCCGAUGUAUACAGUUAUGGUAUGUUAAUACUAGAAAUGAUCGGGGGAAGAAAGAAUUAUGACACGGGAGGGUCAUGUACAUCGGAAAUGUACUUUUCAGAUUGGAUUUAUAAGGAUCUUGAGCUAAGUAAUAACCUUAAUUGUUCUGCAAACUCAGAAGAAGAAAAUGAUAUGGCAAGAAAGAUUACUAUGAUUAGUCUUUGGUGCAUUCAAACGAAUCCAUCAGAUAGACCAUCAAUGAGUAAAGUGAUAGAAAUGCUUCAAGGACCACUUGGGUCAGUGCCAUAUCCCCCAAAACCUUUCUUAUACUCUCCU